AUGAACGGCUUCGGCCCCGACGAAGUGACCCGCGGCGGGGGAGAAGCUGCCGCCGUCCCGGCCGUGGUGGCCAACGCCGCCGCCGCCGUGGAAGUCCUGCCGCCGCCGCCGCCCCUCCCGCAGCCGCCGGCCGGGCUAGGAGCUGCUUCGUCCGCCGCUGCGGCCACGGCGGCGGGCUCGGCCGGACCUCCGGGCGCGGCGGGCCCCGGCGCGGGACAGCUGUGCUGCCUGCGGGAGGAAGGCGAGCGGUGCAGCCGAGCCGCGGGCAACGCCAGCUUCAGCAAGCGCAUCCAGAAGAGCAUCUCGCAGAAGAAGGUGAAGAUCGAGCUGGACAAGAGCGUAAGUGGCGGCUCAGGUCACUCACUUUCCUUUGCCGGGAUAGCUUUGUCGCCUGCCUGAUCCCACCCGAAGGCGUCGCAGUUCUACGCCGCCUUCUCUCUCUCAUUUCAUUUCGCUCUCCCCCAGCCCCGCUGCAAGCACAGAAAACAUCAGUAACCCCCAGAUCUCCUCGCUUAACAUUGCACGCUGCGAUGGAGGAGGAAACAAAAGCGAGCCGAGGAGGGGGGAAAUGAAUGGGCGAGAUGGUCUUCCUUGGGAAGCCCAGUGUUACGCGGCAUUCCUUGCCUUUUUGCCUCUUUGUAACUGGGCGACCUGGCUGGCGUUCAGUCCCCGGGAAAUGCCCUGGAAGGGGGAGCCCAGCUAAUAGCCAUCGAUCACCCUGCCCAUUCCCCUUGCAGCCCAUCCAUUCCCGGCCCCGGGUGAGUUAACAAGAAAGAAGGAAAUCAAUGAAAGGUGUUUGCGUGGAUAGGCUGUUAUAGCACCCUCUCCCUUUACCCGGAGUACGGAGGCAAUAAAAGGCAGUUGGAUUUGUUUUUUGCUCUGCUUUCUUCCCCCCGCCUCCCGUCAUUGAAUGGCUGGCCGUUGUGGGUUUCUCCCUGUUCCUGUUGUGUGUGCCCUUGCUGUAUAGUUGGCUGCGUGGCUGACGUUGCAAAAGCUGGGCUACUGGUCUUUGUAAGUGCGGGUGGAAGUGGCUGCUCUCUCCUCUCCCCACCCCCCUUCGGUUUGGCUUUUGCUUCUUCCCCAACCCCCUUUACAAAUCGUAGUGAUCGUGUGUGCACGUCUCUUCGUAAGAAAUCCCGGUUCUCUUUCGCUUUCUCCCAGGACCAGUCGUGUGUGCUUCAUGGAGUGUUUGUUUCUCUAGAGAGGGCAGUACUUGGCUGCUCCGCCUCGUGCUGCAGUGUUGCACGUCCUACUUUUGCCACUGUGUCGUCUUCCCCUUGGCAGCCAUCAGGCUCUCUCGUUAUAAUCCUUUCUCUUUCGGCGAAACACCCGCAAUCGUAGGAAACCCUGAAGGCUGGUCGUCCGACUUGUCUUCCUCAUUCUUCCCCCACCCUCACUCCCUCCAUCGUGUUUAAAGGAAAGGCGGAGAGAGAAAAAACCAUUUAGUACAACAGACAUUCCUCAAGUCGGAGCACGUUAACCUGCGGAGUAAAUGUCUGCCGGCUCAUGGCUCCCUAUUGCAUGGCUAACACUCUGCUUACGCUUUUUAACUGGAACGAACAAGUACUGUAUUUUGAAUCUCUUUAUUUUACCGACUCAGUUAAAAGUGCAUUGUUGAUGCCUGGCAGCAAAUAAAGGUUGCUAAUAACAUACUGCAAAUAUAAUACCAGGAGGUAACUUGAAGGGUUGGUGGGGGAAGGUGUUCCUCAGUUUGUAUUAUGAAAGCGAUAUUUCCAAGUAGUUCCUAGUAGAUUUUCAGUCAAUCCUGCAGGGUUUUUACUGUAAAUCUAUUGAUAGUUCUGUGGGGAUUUACUCCCCACUGAGUAUAUUUAAGAUUGCAGCUUUAGGAUGCUGUUUCAACACACUUUCUAGGUAGUGAACCCAAGUGGAAGCAAUGGCUUAAGUAAAUAUGUUUGAGAUGUAUGCUGUUAAGUGUCUUCAGGUUGGCAUUUACACUCUCUAGUUUGUUUGUUUUUUUAAAGACAGUUUUUGUGUACAGAUGUAUUAAAUUAAAAAGACCCCUUUGGCCCAGAAUCUUGGCAGCUGCUAACUCAGUCACAGCAUCCUAAAUUUUGGAUUUUCAAUCCAAAGAAACAUAAGUUUGUAUAGAGAAUCUACUCUUGAAAGGUGGAAAUAGUGUUUACAUCCAUUAACAUACUAAAUCUUAUUAGAAGUAACAAAAAAGAUGCGACUUUUGUCACUUUCCUAUCCUUGUAUUCUGCCCACUUUUGUGAAAAGGCUUUACUGAGUUUCUGAUAACUGUAUUUUUACUUAGCCAAUGGGAAUAAAAUAGUGGUAAAAGGCAUUUCCUGAGCCAAGCUGGUAACACUGCAGUAGCUUGUUAACGUAACAAGAUUCCUCUGGCAGCUUUUGGUACCCUUGAAUGUGUUGGUGGCUAAUUUCACUUGACUCCUUUACUGAAAAUCACUGGUGUCCUUUAGUUUGUGAGUUGUGAAGUUUGAGAAUGUUGUUGCUGCCCAAUGUUAACCUGUUGUUUUUUAUUUUAAAAAACUUUCAGGCAAGGCAUCUUUAUAUUUGUGAUUUCCACAAAAAUUUAAUUCAAAGUGUCCGAAACAGAAGAAAGAGAAAAGGCAGCGAUGAUGAUGGUGACUCACCAGUACAAGAUGUUGACGCUCCAGAGGUAGAUUAAUAUUCCUGGUAUUAUCUCCAUGUAGGCAAAUGUUUUGUGGAGGCCAUACAAAAUGAUGUUGUGAUACAGGUGAUACAGACAUUAUUUUUUAUUACUGAAUCCCACAUGUUUUGUAUGUUUCCUUUAUUGUGUCUUGAUUGUAUUGACAUUUAAGCUCAUCCUUUCUUUAAAAAAAGGAGAAGUUGGGAGCAUGAAGGUACAGACCAGUCUUUUGCAGUCUGCUGUUCUUCAGAAAUGUUAGACUGCAGCUUCCAUCUUCCCUGACCGUUGGUUGUACUGUGUGGGGUUGAUGGGACUUAGUUCAAAACAACUAAAGUGGGCACCAGGUUGAGGAAGCUAGUGCACUAGAUGGCCCCAGUGUAUGAUCUGUACAAAAUACUUGUCAGAGAGUUGCGUGUUUGAAGUUCCGUUUCGUUUGCUGUGAAGCUCCUUACUAGGCCUGCUUCACAAUGUGUCUCUGCAUUUUCCCACUGCCUCAACGUGCAGUGUGGAUCAUUGCAUAGGCAGCUGCUGAAUAUUGCAUAAUGGCUAUUAGUCCAUCUAGUUAAUAAUUUUGACAACAUCUAUCCAAUGUUUGAAGCAGGCUUUUCCUAGCACCUACUACUUUAGCUGAGGUACUUUAGCUGGAGUUUCUGGGGAUUGAAACAUGGGCUUUAUACUACUACUACUACUACUAAAGGGACGCGGGUGGUGCUGUGGGUUAAACCACAGAGCCUAGGACUUGCCGAUCAGAAGGUCAGCGGUUCGAAUCCCCGCGACGGGGUGAGCUCCCGUUGCUCGGUCCCUGCUCCUGCCAACCUAGCAGUUUGAAAGCACAUCAAGGUGGUCAAAGGCCUGGAAACGAUGCCUUAUGAGGAACGGCUAAGGGAGCUGGGCAUGUUUAGCCUGGAGAAGAGGAGGUUAAGGGGUGAUAUGAUAGCCAUGUUCAAAUAUAUAAAAGGAUGUCACAUAGAGGAGGGAGAAAGGUUGUUUUCUGCUGCUCCAGAGAAGCGGACACGGAGCAAUGGAUCCAAACUACAAGAAAGAAGAUUCCACCUAAACAUUAGGAAGAACUUCCUGACAGUAAGAGCUGUUUGACAGUGGAAUUUGCUGCCAAGGAGUGUGGUGGAGUCUCCUUCUUUGGAGGUCUUUAAGCAGAGGCUUGACAACCAUAUGUCAGGAGUGCUCUGAUAGUGUUUCCUGCUUGGCAGGGGGUUGGACUCGAUGGCCCUUGUGGUCUCUUCUAACUCUAUGAUUCUAUGAAGGUGCAAUCUGAUAAAUAGGUACCGCUCUGGCGGGCAGGUAAACGGCAUUUCCGUGUGCUGCUCUGGUUCGCCAGAAGCGGCUUAGUCAUGCUGGCCACAUGACCCAGAAGCUGUACGCCGGCUCCCUCGGCCAGUAAAGCGAGAUGAGUGCCGCAACCCCAGAGUCAUAUGCGACUGGACCUAAUGGUCAGGGAUCCCUUUACCUUACUACUACUACUACUACUACUACUACUACUACUAAUUUAUUUCUAUCCCGCCCAUCUGGCUGGGUUCCCCAGCCACUCUGGGCAGCUUUCAACAGAACAUUAAAAACAGAAUAAAACUUCAAACAUUAAAAGCUUCCCUAAACAGGGCUGCCUUCAGAUGUCUUCUAAAAUUCGGAUAGUUGUUUAUUUCUUUGACAUCUGAUGGGAGGGCAUUCCUCAGGGUGGGCACCACUACCGAGAAGGCCCUCUGCCUGGUUCACUGUAACUUCACUUCUCGCAGUGAUGGAACCGCAAGAAGGCCCUUGGUGCUGGACCUCAGUGUCGGGGUUGAACAAUGGGGGUGGAGAUGCCUCUUCAGAUAUACAUGCAAAACAUGUAAUCUACCGUGUUUAGAGUUUAGGAUUUCUGACACCGCCUGUUCCAGGUGGUGGCUGUUGCUGGCAUAGAAGCUUCAUGUAAUGCAAUAUACUUAAGAGGCCAAGGGAAAGCACAUUGCCCAGAAAGUUCUGUGCAGCAUGCACACUAUAAAAUAACUCGUUGACAUGGCCCUCGAGUUAACAGAAUCUUGUAAUUCCCUUGCAGGUUGAUCUGUUUCAGUUGCAAGUAAACACACUAAGAAGAUACAAAAGGCACUUCAAAUUACAGACCAGACCGGGACUUAACAAAGCACAGCUUGUUGAAGUACGUGCAAUUUCAUUUAUUUAUACUUUAGUAAAAAGAAAGAAACAAUGUGCUAGAUUAUGUGGCUCUUUUGAACUAGAGUUCUCAAAUCCUUGCAUUCUGAUGACUUUCUUCUUUCUUUUUUGCUGACUAUUGCUUCCUUGGUACACUUUCAUACUGAUGAUUAUGCAGCUUUCUGACAGGGUUAGGCUGUAAUCCUAUGAACAUUUUAAAUGGGAAUAAAUCUUGUGGGAUUUGCUUCUAAGUAGACAUGCAUAGGACUGUGUACAUGAGAUGUAACCAAGAUUGCACACGAAACAAAAUCAUUUGGGAUGCUAGAGCCCUAAGCAGGUAGUAAAGGACCCUCAAGGAUACCUGCAAGUUGGAUGGCUGGGCAACAUAAUGUUGAUAUUUGGUAUCGCUGCAAAGUGCCUGAGAUAAGAGAGCGCUAAUUCACAUAAAUGCUGGUGGAGGUCUGAAUUGACUUUAACCAGCUAAGAAAGAGGUCCUGCAGACAUAGUGGAAAACUAAUCGAAAAUGUCAGCUGAGUAUGCUGCAACGGUGGAACAGUGUAUGAUAAUGAUUCUUUUGAGCUUGUUGCAUUGUGUGGGUCAUCUUAGAUUCUACAAAGCUAGAGGAAGCCUUCAGCUUAAGGCAGGCAGGUAGUUCUUUAUGCAACAACUUCUGGAAUUCACUGCUUACCAGAUGAUUACUGGAUGUUGUAAUGUAGACAAAGCAAUGGAGGGUGGCUAUUAAGGCAAAUACUGUUUUUGAGAUUCUUAGGGGUGUUUCAGAAGUUUGGAGAUCCUUUUGGAAUGUUUCAUUUGGUUUAGCAUUCUCAGUAUUUUGGUAUCAUCUACAGACCUGGCUACUUCACUGUCUGUUUUUAUUCUAGGUUGUUUUUGAAUAAUUAAAUUCCCAGUACCAGUACUACUAUUUUGUAGCCCACUGUUCUUCCACACUUCAAAAUGUUGAACUCUUGAACAAGUUUUCAAUAACAACCGUUACCUUUUUGUAUGGACUAUUUUGUCUUGCUUGGUAGAACUAUAUCUCUCUCCCUGUUUAGGGACCGGACAAUGUUGGAUCCAGUGAGUUGGAGAUAUGCUCCUUCCAGUUGCUUUUUGCUGAAAUGGACAAAUGGAAAUAGUUCCCAGUGGCUCCAGAGUUUCCAGUUACCACCACUACUUUGGCCUCUGUAUUUGGACACAGACUUCACCACUCUGGUGCCCUCCAUAUGUUUUGGUCUACAACUUACACCAGUAACUGUUCUGGUUAGGGCCAAUGAAAGUUGUAGUCCAAAACAUAUGGAGGGCAGCAGGUUGUUAACUGAUUUAGAACAUCUCAUGGGUUGACUAGUUAAGUGAUAUGUUUUUGCAUUGGAUGAAUGUAAGAAGAGCAUUCUGUAUUCCUUGGAAAAUAGGGUAGAAUGCUUUAUCACUGAUAUUCCAAAACUUUUCUGGGAGUUUUUUCCACAAGGAAAGUGAGACAACAAUUCUUUAAAUCAGUAUAAAAUAAAUGUAAAUGUUCUAAUACAAUACUGGUGUCUUGUUCCUUGUGUGCCAUUUGGCACCACCUAUUAAGUUCUGAUGCUCAAGUUCUAAGAACUUGUGUUUGAAAGCCAGGCUAGAUUCUACUGUGUUUUCUUCAUAAAUAAUCUGCACAAUACCUACUUAUGUUCAAGGAUAUAUAUUUUUUCUUGCAGAUAAUUGGGUGUCAUUUUCGGACGAUUCCGGUGAAUGAAAAAGACACUGUGGCCUAUUUCAUCUACUCUGUGAAGAACGAUAAGAACAAAUCUGAUCUAAAAAUGGACAGUGGUGUUCACUAA